AUGAGAUUCCUUAUUACUGGAAACCCAGGGAUUGGGAAAACCUUAUUUGGUCAAUGGAUUUUAGCACAAUGGGUAAAAGCACAGGAAUUUCCUGUUUUAUUUGCUACCAAGGGUUUGUACUUGCAUUUUGAGGCUGGAAAAGGCGAAAAAAUCACUGAAGAAAUGUUUACAAUGUAUAUUUUUGGUAAUAAAUCAGCAUGGAUCAUAAUUGAUGGCAUUAAGCCUCCUGUUAAUCAUGAUUAUCAAUGGUGCAAAAUUUUAAUGGUGUCAUUACCAUGGGAAGUAUUUGUCAAAAAUUUCACAAAACCAGGAGAAUUUGUAGUCAGCACCCUUUAUAUGCCUACUUGGGAUGAAGAUGAAAUCAUGCAUUUGAACCUUGAUGGAAGGACAAAAGAGGAAUACCAAAAGAAAUUCUUGAUAUGUGGUGGAAUACCAAGAACAAUCAACAUGUAUUCCAUAGAAAAAAUAAAAGCAACAAUUAAUUUAUGUAUCAAAAAAUGUAGCAAUGACAUUCUAAAUUACAUUGGAAGUCUAAGUGAGGGUGACAAAUUCAGUCAUUGGCUGGUUCAUAUUCAUACUAACCUUCCUUCUAAUGCCAAUGAAGAGCUUUUUGAGUAUACCACCGAUCCAAAUAUUUAUACACAACCACCAUCUUAUACACAAUCAACUUUAUAUUUUGCAUCAAAAUAUGUUGGUGAUGAAGUGCUUAAUUAUUUAGAAGAACAACACCAUUCCUUAUUAUGGCAAUUUAUCCAACACCCACCAUUAUAUCCUGUUGAACAUGGUGCCUUGAGAGGACACCUGCUGGAAUCAAUGGCACACAAAAUAGUUCCUAAAAAUUGUUCAGUUAAGAUUCGAUGUCUUGAAAGAGAAACAUCUGAUGAAAUUAUUUCUUUUGGACAAUUAACAACAAUGACCUUCAAAACAAUUGAUGAAAUUGAAAAUGGAGUGUAUUGUCAUCCAAUUAACAAAAACUUUGAAUCAGUUGAUGCUGUAAUAGCCCCAAACAUUUUUUUUCAAAUCACUGUAGCAGAAAAACAUCCAGUCCUUCAAGCAGGGUUCAGACAACUCUUGGAGAAGUUUCAAAUAUCACCAGAUAAUAAAGCACAACUUUAUUUUAUUGUUCCUGAUUAUUUAUUUAACAAGUUUAGAAAACAACCAUAUAUAACCAAAAAAAAAGAUGAAUCAGUAAAAUUCAAUGAUUGGAUUAACAAAAGAGUGAUACAAUAUGUUGCUUGCUUAAAGGAAGAAAAGUUCAAUAAAAAAGUAUAUUAA